AAUAUAGCCCCUUUCAAAGAGGGAACUUUCUUUGUAUCGGUUAAGAUGCAACGCCAAGCUGUCUACAUGAGGAGAAGCCUCUUCGAUCAGGAAUACGUAGAUGAACAAUUUACUCAGCUAGAAGAACUUCAAGAUGAUGCUAAUCCUAACUUCGUGGCGGAAGUCGUCAACCUAUUUUUUACAAAUUCAGCUAGAUUUAUCCGUAAUAUUGAGCUUGCUCUUAUCGGUGCAAAAAGAGUGAAAAGAGGAUGUUCUCAUUUUGAAGAGUACUGCAAUCAAAGAAAUAUCGACGGGUGCAAGAGGGCAUUUCAAGGGGUGAAGCAAGAAUAUGCCACUCUAAAGUCUAAGCUUGAUGCUUAUUUUCAGAUUGCAAGAGAAGCCUCUUGAAUAAAUGUUAAACAUGUUCCCUAUUGAAAGCAGACAGUAUCAGAGUUGACAAGAUAAGCCCCAUGUCUUCCUUCAAUUAAAAGCUAAGUAUAUACAUGUAUAAAGAGUGGAUGAUACACAGGGUCCUCUUAUGAUAAAAUAAAAUAAAAUAAAACCAUGCAUGGCAUUUCAAAUUGUCAGCUGGGGCAUA